AUGGCAACCCAUACCCAGGUAGUCCUGCCUCUGCCCAUCCUUCCACAGGGAUGGACAGCAGAGAAGGACUUUAAAGCUAUUGGAAGCCUUUCAGCCGCAACACAGCGCAGCAUCGAACCCGUCGGACCUCACUUCCUUGCCCAUGCUCGCCGAGCCCGCCACAAGCGCACCUUCUCUGAAGAUGAUCGCAUUCAAGCCCAAGAAAAUGUCAAGAAGGUUGAGGACGAUGAUUCAGGCGAGAUCAGCGAGCCGGAAGACCCGUCGAUGCUCCUUCGUGAUGCAAAGGACUGGAAGAGUCAAGAUCACUACGCAGUUCUUGGUCUAUCAAAGUACCGCUACAAGGCUACCGAAGAACAGAUCAAGCGCGCUCACAGAAAGAAGGUCCUGAAACAUCACCCUGACAAGAAGGCUGCCGCGGGAAGCACCGAAGAUGAUAGCUUCUUCAAGUGUAUCCAGAAGGCUACCGAAGUCCUACUUGAUCCAGUCAAGCGCCGCCAGUUUGACUCCGUUGACGAACGUGCUGAUGUCGAACCUCCCUCCAAGAAACAAGCCAAGGAUGGCAAGUACUACAAGCUUUGGGGCAGCGUAUUCAAGGCGGAGGGUCGUUUUUCUCGCAUCCAGCCAGUUCCCAAGCUUGGAGACGAGAACAGUACUCAAGAGGAGGUCGAAAGUUUCUAUAACUUCUUCUACAACUUUGAUUCGUGGCGCUCAUUCGAGUAUCAGGAUGAAGAUGUCCCUGAUGACAAUGAGAAUCGUGAUCAGAAGCGUCAUAUGGAACGAAAGAACAACAAUGCCCGCAAGAAGAAGAAGAAUGAGGAUGUUGCUCGCCUUCGUCAAUUGGUCGAUCAAGUCAUGGCAGGAGACGAGCGAAUCAAGAAGUUCCGCCAAGCCGCCAAUGCCAACAAGAACAAGAAGAAGAAUGAAAAGGAAGCCGCUGAGAAGAAGGCCGCCGAAGAAGCCAAAGCCGCAAAGGAGGCUGAGGCUAAAGCUGCAAAAGAAGCAGAGGAGAAGGCCAAAAUCGACCGCGAGCAAGGAAAGAAGGCUAAAGAGGCUGCCAAGGCCGCUGUCAAGAAGAACAGACGUGUCAUGAAGGGCAGUGUCAAAGAUGCUAACUACUUUGUCUCUGGCGAUGCUCCUGCCUCGGCUAUCGAUGCCGUCCUGAACGAUGUCGAACUGCUGCAGGGCAAGCUUGAUCCUGAUGAGACUGCUGCUCUGGCUGGCAAGCUUAAUGGUCUCAAGAUCGCUGAUGAGAUCAAGGGAGUCUGGUCUGGUGAGGUCAAGCGUCUGGUCGAAGCUGGCAAGAUAAAGGAUGGCGAGGUCAAGUCAUUGGUUUGA